ACGAACCAGUCCAACCCCAAUCUUAAAACCACAUCAAGCCUUCCUUGCCCCCGCAGCCCGCAGGAACGAGAAACCCACCCAGCAAAGCGACCCGAGGCCGGCAAGCAAGCAAGUUUGGGAGCCAUGGCGAAGCCAAGCGGCGGCGGCCUCCUGGACCUGGAGGGGCACUACGCUUUCUACGGGGCGUACCACAGCAACCCCGUCAACGUGGGCAUCCACGAGCUCUUCGUCUGGCCCAUCUUCCUCACCGCGCUCCUGCUGCUCCACCUCACCGCCCCGUUCGCGCACGCCGCCGGCAUCGGCGCCGCCGUCUACGGCGCCUACUACUUCCUCCUCGACCGCCGCGCCGGCGCGCUCGCGGCCGUCCUCUGCUUCCUCUGCUGGGCCGGCAGCGGCGCCCUCGCUGCCCGCCUCGGCUUCUCCGUCGGAUGGAAGGUUGUAUUGGUGGCUCAGUUGUUCUGUUGGACUAUGCAAUUCAUAGGUCAUGGAGUUUUUGAGAAGCGAGCGCCUGCUCUCCUUGACAAUCUUGUCCAGGCUUUCUUGAUGGCUCCAUUCUUUGUGCUGCUAGAGAUUCUUCACACAUUUGGCGGGUACGAACCAUAUCCUGGCUUCCACGACAAGGUGAGCAAGAUGAUCGAGGAGGCUCGGAAGGAAUGGGAGGACAAGAAUUCGAAGAAAUCAUCCUGAGAUGUGCGUGAUUGGACAGCUCCAAUUUCUGAACCAUUUAGGUUUGCCUGCUCGAUAUGGACCCGCUGGAUCGGAUGAACCUAUACCAGGGAUGAUUACUGAAUACUGAUGCUGUUUAUGUUGUAAGAUGCGGACACUCUGUUGUCUGUUGUGUAUAUUUUAGUCUCAAAUGUAAGUGGUGGCACAUGCUAGGUCAGAGCUCUAGCCUACCCCAUUCUAGCCUACGCCAACUUGCUUGGCACUAAAUGACUUCGUUGUUGUUGUCAAAUCUUGUGUUGUAGUACUUCACUUCAAAAUAAAAAUGCUGUGAUAUACCGUAAUUGUUUUGCAA